CUGAAGUCUCGGAGAUUUCAGAGCUGCUCUCCUCUUCUCUUAUAUUUGGCAGCUAAGAAAAGGCCAUGUCUAAGGAAACUUACGCCUCACGAAACCCCACUGAGGUCCACACUGACGUCCUCUCCGAAGCCAGACAAGCUUGCUAUAAGGCUCGCGAUGCUUUCUACGCUUGUUUGGAGAAGGAAUCGGUCAAGAAACCCACCGAAAUCACGCCGGUGGGGCUCUUAUACCCAUCGGAAUGCAAUGCUUCGAGGGCUGAAUAUGUUAAACUUUGCCGUUCCUCUUGGGUGAACCAUUUCGAUAGACAGUACUGUAGGAACAUAAGGGUUCAGAGGCUUCUGGAUGAUAGAGACACGAGAAGAGGGGUAUGAGGCUCCACUAGGCCCCUGAGGAAGGUGGAAGCAGAUCAUCUCGAUUAGUUAGUGGUUUAAUGAGAUGUUGCAUACCCUAGUCUGAUUGAAUGGUCCUAAGACUUGCUGCAACAUUCCUGCAUUUGAAAGCUGUCAAAUUUCCUUGGUGUUCAUUCAUGUAAUGUUGUGUUAUGAUCUAGACUAACCCAAAAAAGAUGGUGCAUCUGAGUUUGACUUUGACACGAUG